AUGGCGGACGAGAUCAUGUGUAGGGCCUUCCCUACCACAUUAAGGGGUCCCGCAAGAAUUUGGUUUAGCAGGUUGACGCCCAAUUCCAUCAGUACUUUCAAGGACCUAAGCGCCCAGUUCGUUUCACACUUUAUUGGGGGACAUAGAUAUAAGAAGUCAACCACAUGUCUAAUGAGCAUUAGGCAACGGGAGGAUGAGACACUAAGGUCUUAUAUAGCCCAGUUCAACAUGGAAGCACUUUCGAUUGACGAAGUUGACAACAAGAUACUCAUGGCAACUUUCACGAAUGGGUUACAAAAGGGUAAGUUUCUAUUCUCCUUAUACAAGAAUGACCUGAAAACCAUGUCAGAUGUACUUUACAGGGCCACCAAGUACAUGAAUGCUGAAGAUGCGCUACUGGCCCGUGAGGAGAAGCCCAAGAAGAGAGAGAGGUAG